ACGUGAUUGGGUCACAUGAUAUGUGUUUUGAUGUAAUAUGGCGCCUUUAAUUGUCAUAGUGUAAUAAAUGGUAAUAAAACCUGUAAAAGAAUGUGAAAUCCACUUUGAAAAUAUUGAACUUGAAACUCAACACAGAAUGCCAGUUGAUAUAAAUCGAUUAACAGAAGGUUGGCUAGAAUUAGAAAGCGAUCCAGGUUUAUUUACUCUCUUAUUGGAAGAUUUCGGAGUGAAAGGUGUGCAAGUAGAAGAAAUAUAUGAUUUACAAAAAUCUUUAGAAGGUCCAGUGUACGGCUUUAUAUUUCUAUUUCGUUGGAUAGAAGAAAGAAGAUCUAGACGCAAAGUUGUAGAGCAAGAUGAGAGCUUCGUAAAAGAUGAAGAAAUUGUCAACAACAUAUUUUUUGCGCAACAGGUUGUGCCCAACAGUUGUGCAACCCAUGCGCUACUUUCGGUGUUGCUUAAUUGCCCAAAUAUCCAUUUGGGUACAACGUUAUCCCGAUUGAAAAUGCACACAUCUGGUAUGUGUCCAGAAAAUAAGGGAUGGGCAAUCGGUAAUACACCCGAAUUAGCGUGCGCGCAUAAUUCGCAUGCAAUGCCUCAAGCCAAAAGACGUCAGGACAAAAAUACCGGUGUUUCAACUGGUAGAUUUACUGGUGAAGCUUUUCAUUUUGUUAGUUAUGUACCGAUUAAUGGUAGACUAUUCGAACUGGAUGGCUUGAAACCAUAUCCCAUGGAUCAUGGUCCAUGGAAAGAACACGAAGAGUGGACAGAACAAUUUAGACGUGUAAUUACGGAUCGUUUAGGAAUGGCAACGGGAGAGCAAUUGCAAGAUAUAAGGUUUAAUCUAAUGGCUGUUGUUCCCGACCGACGACUCGCUAUCUCACAUAAAUUAACUAUGUUGAAAACGAAUAGGCAGAUAGUGUUGGAAGCAUUACAACAGCUCGUUAAGCUGAGCCACCAAGAUGGAUCUGAAAAGAAUCUAAACGAUUCUGAAAAAUCGGAUAAACAAUACGAGAAAAAGAGCAAACUUGAAGAUGAAAAUAUUCUACCUAAUAAAUCCGAGAUUAACGAAUCUUCUACAGUACCAGGUAUCAUUGUGGAAAGAAGUAGCGAUAAUGCAACUGAUACAGAGGAAACAGCUUCGAGCAUAACUUCUGGAAAGACUGAAUCAAAUGGUAUGGAAAAGGUUGUUAUGUGUGCAUUGGAUUAUGCUACUCCUCUUCGAAUUCAAACUUCACCUGCGCAUAGUUCGUCUAGUACCGAUACUUCAUCCGAGAUUGGAUCAGCAUUUAAUUCUCCCACCCAAGCAUGGGGAUGGAACUCUGGUCAGAGUAGUCCGACAUCAACGAAAGAUUUUAAAAAAUUCGUUGUGAUUAGAGUUGCUGGGGAUGAAAAGAAUGAGGCAGGUUUGAGUCGUUCGCUUGGAAAUAUCAAUAUAAAUGGAAAGAGAUUAGUCUCAGAUAGCGGUCAUUUGCACAAAAAGGUUUGCUUGUCGGGAGAAGUUAGAAUGCCUCAUGCCAGAGUAAAAACUAGUAACGGAGAUACUGUUAUCGAAGAGAAAAAGGUAGAAAAAAUUGAUCCUAAAUUGUGCUCGAAAUACCCAGAAUUAUUUGAACCGCACACAUUUGCACCCAAAGAUCUUUUAGCGUUAUUGAAGAAUUUAGAGCACGAAAUAAGUAUGUGCGAAACCAGUUUGAAAGAUGAAAAUGAUAAGAGGAAUAAAUAUAAGAUCGAUGACUGUCGUAGAACACACAAUUACGAUGAGUUUAUUUGCACUUUUCUUUCGAUGCUCGCUCAACAAGGUAAGCUAGCGGAAUUAGUUCAACAGCAUUUGACCUUGAAAAAACAUACUUCUGUGUCGGUAAACAGGGUUCAUAGGUCUUCGAAAAAGACAGACACUCGUCAAAAUUCAUCGCGUAGACGUCGAGGCAGAACCAAAUGCAAGAAAAGAAAAUAAUCUUUGUAUUUAUAUUAAAUCAACAAAUUGCUGGAGGUGCCAUCCCACCUAAGGAACGAUCGGUAGUGAAACGUCCGAGUCACUGCAAACAGCGCAUGGUUUUGCAAAAAUGAGGAAUGAGGAAUAACAAUGUAAAAAGGUCAUACGAUUGUUAAAGCGAAACGGCGUUUGCUUUAUUUUCCAGUGCAGAGAGAAAUAUUUAAUCGACAAUCGUAAAAAUUCGUCGGCUAUGUUGGCUACGCUCUUCGGUUCAAUAAUUUAUUUCGAAUUUCAGGCAUGAUCGACGAUUAUAUUUUAACAUUGUACAAAUUAACUUUACGAUAAUGUAUAUUUUUUAUAUCUUUUGUCAUAUUAAUAUGCGUGAUGUCUAUUUAUCGUCGCUAUAUUUAUAGACAUUGCGAAUCGUGCGUGUACCUUUUUAAGAAUGUUUUCAUUAACUUUUAUCUUUACAUUUAAUUAUGUUUCGUAUGAAAUAUAUGAUUUUAGAUACGAA